AUUCCUUCAUAUGUCCGUAUCACUGAUAUCCUCUCAUUGCCUUCUUCCUCUUCCUCUCUCUCUCUCUCUCUCUCUUCAUUUAUACACUUUUCUUUACUGAGAAAGUUCACAGAGACCUCGACAGAGACAAUCUGCAAACAAUUAAACACCGCUUGAUUUCUCAGUAAUUUCUUCACUUACUACCUGUUCUCUCCACCCAAACAGAAAUUUUUUCCGAUUGGUCGAUCUCAGAAUUAAGGCGAAUUGAGCUAGGGAUCAAUAUCAAGGAGAGAAGUUCUUGAAGAAGAUAAAAAUGGCAGGAGCUAGCGGAGGAAGAUCCUUGGAGGAGACACCUACUUGGGCUGUUGCUGUUGUUUGUUUCGUUCUGGUUUUCAUUUCUAUUUGUAUCGAGUACAUAUUCCAUCUCAUCGGCAAGUGGUUGAAGAAGAAACGCAAGAGAGCUCUGUACGAAUCACUUGAAAAGAUCAAAUCAGAGCUUAUGUUAAUGGGGUUCGUGUCGCUGCUGCUCACAGUCGGGCAAGGUCUCAUAUCGAACAUAUGCAUACCGAAGUCAAUUGGAGCCACGUGGCAUCCCUGCAACAAGAAGCAAGAGGAGGAAUCGGAGAAAGUCGACGACGACUCCGACCUCGAGCAUCGCCGGAGACUCCUCUCUGCGGUAACUCAUUCCGGUGAAGGUUUCCGGCGAGUUUUGGCCGCUGCCUCUACUGAUAAAUGUGCCGAAAAGGGCAAAGUCCCAUUUGUAUCCGAAGAAGGCAUUCACCAACUCCACAUCUUCAUUUUUGUCUUGGCCGUUUCCCAUGUCCUUUACUGUAUUAUCACCAUGGCUUUGGGCAGAGCUAAGAUGAGAAGCUGGAAAUCAUGGGAGAAGGAAACUAGAACCGUCGAGUAUCAGUUCUCACACGAUCCAGAAAGGUUUAGGUUUGCUAGAGAGACAUCAUUUGGAAGAAGACACUUGAGCUUCUGGACAAAAACACCUGUGUUCAUAUGGAUUGUUUGUUUCUUCAGGCAAUUUGUUAGGUCUGUGCCGAAAGUUGACUAUUUGACCCUCAGACAUGGAUUUAUUACGGCACAUUUAGCACCACAGAGCCACACAAAAUUUGAUUUCCAAAAAUACAUCAAUAGAUCCCUUGAAGAGGAUUUCAAGGUUGUGGUCGGGAUUAGUCCACCCAUAUGGUUCUUUGCCGUGCUAUUCUUGCUAUUUAACACUCAUGGCUGGUAUUCGUAUCUAUGGCUACCCUUUAUCCCUUUGAUCAUAAUCCUGCUAGUGGGAACCAAGCUGCAAGUGAUAAUAACAAAGAUGGGACUUAGAAUUCAAGAAAGAGGAGAAGUGGUGAAGGGUGUCCCUGUAGUUCAGCCCGGCGAUGACCUUUUCUGGUUUAACCGACCAAGACUCAUUCUUUUCCUCAUUAAUUUCGUUCUUUUUCAGAAUGCAUUUCAACUUGCUUUCUUUGCAUGGACUUGGUAUGAAUUCGGAAUUAAGUCUUGUUUCCAUGAAAAUGUGGAAGAUAUUGUCAUCAGAAUUUCUAUGGGGGUUCUCAUACAAAUUCUAUGCAGCUAUGUUACUCUCCCUCUCUAUGCUCUUGUCACACAGAUGGGAUCAAACAUGAAGCCAACAAUAUUCAAUGAAAGAGUAGCUGCAGCCUUGAGAAAUUGGCACCAUACCGCAAAGAAACAUGUCAAGCAGAAUAAAGGAUCUGUAACCCCUUUUUCCAGCAGACCAAACACGCCCUCGCACUACGCCUCUCCUAUCCAUCUCUUGAGACACAAUCCGGACAGCCUCCAAACGACUCCGAGAAUGUCAAAUUUCGAUAAUAACGAUCUCUCAGAGACCGAGUCUCAAUCUCCAUCUCCGUCCCAUGGCCGCUAUCACCAAGGCGAAGGAUCGUCCUCCUCUCAUCAUCCCCACAACAAUUUCCCCGAUCAAGAUUACAGGGACCACGAGAGAAAUUCAGUUCAAGAUUUUAAUCACGAGCAACACGAAAUUGAGAUUAGUCUUAAAGACUUUUCGUUUGAUCGAAAAGCGAGUCGAUGAGAAAAAUUGGUAUGUACAAAAGUUACAAAAAUUCUAUGGUAACAUAAUAAUUUCUUAGGAAGGCAAUGAGAUAUAUUCGGAUUGUAAAUCUAUAAAUUCAUUCUUUCUUGGGCA